UACACCUCUCGAAAGAGCUUCCCUUGUACUCCGAUCCUUCCCUAGUUCGACCCCUCUCCGCCGUACUCUUCAGCAAGCUAGCUCAGAAGAUCAAUAUUGCCCCAAUCCGUUCAUGUAGUUCGCAGCAACAUGGGAUUACUGGAGCACCACCUAAGGUGACCGCACCAUCGAUCGCUAAUUCACCAUGGCCUCAACCUCACAGCCCACCCCAACCGAAGGAGUUGGCGAGGGAGCAGGUCAUGGCGACGAGGAGGAUCAGCAUGCGGCGGAGGCGGCGGCGAGCAGCGGCCAGCAGCUGGUGAUGCCCGAGGACGGGUACGAGUGGAAGAAGUACGGCCAGAAGUUCAUCAAGAACAUCCAGAGAAUCAGGAGCUACUUCCGGUGCCGGGACAAGCGGUGCGGAGCCAAGAAGAAAGUAGAGUGGCAGCCGGGCGAUCCCAGCCUCCGUGUCGUCUACGAGGGCGCCCACCAGCACGGCUCCCCGUCAUCGUCUUCCUCCUGCACGGGCGCCGGCCACGACGGCGCCGCCAACCGCUACGAGCUCAGCGCCCAGUACUUCGGCGGGCCCCGCACGCAGUGACCGAGGGCCGGCCGACUGGCGGGCGCCGCCAUCGAUAAAGCGGCAGUGCCAGAGCGGCGGUGCAACUUGGUGCCAAGUGGGCGAAUUGUUUCUGGUCAACGUUGUUGCACGCUAGCUACAGUCAGUGGUCACGCUCGUACGACUAGUAGCAGCAUCAGCUAAGGCCGUCGAUGACGAGCAUUGAUUAGUAUUAUCAGCACCUGGGGCUGUCAUGCAAAAAUUAGUGCAAGUAGCAGAAUACUGUCGUCUAUCGUCCUACUAGUACUAGUUGACUCUUUAAAACUU